UCCGUGGUGCAUCCUGCUGCUGCCUGCCUGCUGCCAGCCUUGCAAUCACUACAAAUGCCUCCCUUGUGGGGUGGUGGCUGCCUUCGUACUCUUGGGUUCUUCUGCCUGUUCACAGUGGUGGAAACAAGAAUCAGAACCUAUUACCUUGGGAUUGUGGAAGAGAAUUGGGACUAUGCACCGUCUGGGAAGAAUCUGAUCACAGGACAGAACCUCAUAGAGGACAAGUUUGCAAGCGUGUAUGCAACAAGAGGAGCCAACCGGAUAGGGCGGGUGUACAAAAAGGCUAUUUUUAGGCAAUACACAGAUGACACAUAUACCCAGGAAAUCCCCAAGGCAGCCUGGCUGGGGUUCCUUGGGCCAGUCCUAAAGGCAGAAGAGGAGGAUGUCUUCAUCAUCCAUUUAAAAAACUUUGCAUCCCGUCCAUACUCAGUGCAUCCACAUGGGGUCUUCUACGACAAGGACUCUGAAGGAGCACUUUACCCUGAUGGAACUGGUGGUAAAAGCAAAGAGGAUGACUUUGUUGUUCCUGGUGGAAAUUACACCUACACAUGGCCAGUAAGGAAAAGUUAUUCCCCAACUUUGGCAGACUCAAACUGCUUGACUUGGAUUUACCAUUCUCACAUUGACACCCCAAGAGAUAUUGCAUCUGGUUUAAUUGGGCCACUGCUGGUUUGUAAAAAAGGAACUGCAGAUGAGACCUCAAUAGAAAGGACUGGUGCUGCUAAUGCUUUUGCCCUGAUGUUUAGCAUUAUAGAUGAAAAUGUCAGCUGGUACCUCGAUGAGAAUAUAAAUACCUUCUGCUUAGAACCAGCCACAGUUAACAAAGAGGACGAAGGUUUCCAGACCAGCAACCGAAUGCAUGCUAUUAAUGGUUAUAUUUAUGGAAAUCUUCCUGGCUUGGAGAUGUGUGCUGACACUCCCAUGUCCUGGCACUUGUUUGGCAUGGGCAGUGAAAUAGAUAUCCACGCUGCGUAUUUCUAUGGCCACACGUUCACUAACAGAGACCAGAGGGCAGAUGUCGUCGGUCUGUUUGCAGCAACAUUCAUCACAGCAGAGAUGACUCCUGGGAACCCGGGGAGGUGGCUGAUAACGUGCCAAGUUAAUGAGCAUUUACGAGGUGGCAUGGAGGCACUGUAUGAUGUACAGAUCUGCCAAAAAAACCUGUCUCAACCUUCACCACUCAGCCACAAGAGGAGAUACUAUAUUGCUGCUGAAGAAGUGCUCUGGAAUUAUGGACCUGACGGUUAUGAUAAAUUCACUGGGCAGGGCUUAAAUGCCACUGGCAGUGAAUCUGCAAUAUAUUUUACACAAGGGACUGACAGAAUAGGAGGGCUGUACUGGAAGGUUCGCUAUGUGGAAUAUACCGACGCAACGUUCAGUAAAAGGAAGAUUCAGCCAGAGAACAUGAAACACCUGGGAAUACUUGGCCCCGUUAUAAAAGCUGAAGUGGGAGAUACAGUGCUAGUUACUUUUGCCAACAAGGCCAGAAGGAGCUAUAGCAUUAUGGCCCAUGGUGUAAGCUUCAGCAAACUGUCAGAAGGUGCACCCUACUUAGAUGGAUAUAUGAAGCCAGGAGCCCAUGUUAAGCCAGGUGAAACCUUCACAUACAAAUGGAGAGUGCCUGAAAAUGGAGGUCCGAGUGAGAGUGACCCACCAUGCCUCACCUACCUGUACUACUCAGCCACUGACGCUGUCAAGGACACCAACUCUGGCCUGGUGGGGCCUUUGCUGGUCUGUCGAAAGAACGCACUGAAUGAGGAUGGGACACAGAAAGGAAUAGACAGAGAAUUCUACCUCCUCUUUUCAAUCUUCGAUGAAAAUGACAGCUGGUAUCUGAACGAGAAUAUCGAAGCUUUUACUGGAGACCCUUCAAAAGUAGAUGAAAAUGAUGAAGAUUUCAAGGAAUCCAACAAAAUGCACGCUGUCAAUGGUUACUUGUAUGGUAACCUGCCAGGCUUGGCCAUGUGCAAGGAUGACAAUGUCUCCUGGCACCUCAUUGGAUUGGGAAGUCACUAUGACAUGCAUGGAGUUCAAUUUCAAGGGAACAACAUCGACCUAAGAGGGACGAGGAGGGAUGGCCUGGCCUUGUUUCCUCAUUUAUCAGCAACAGCACUGAUGCAGCCAGAACGUGUGGGCACAUUCAAAGUGGUUUGCAGGACUUUUGAUCACUUUGUCGGAGGGAUGAAGCACCUCUACGAGGUCAGCAGCUGCCGCAAUUCCACCCGAUCCCAGCAGAGGCGCAGCGCCGUCAGGCUCUACUACAUCGCUGCGGAGGAGGUGGAGUGGGACUAUGCCUCAAAUAAGAGCUCAACCCCAAAGGUUUACAACAUCAGCAGCAAUGAGGAAAGCUACGGGCACAUUUUUCUCAGCCAAGGGGAUGAUCUAAUUGGUACAAAAUACAAGAAGGUGGUUUACAGGGAGUAUACAAAUGGCAACUUUACGCAGCGCAAGAGGACGGAAGAGGAGGAACACUUGGAAAUCCUGGGGCCGUUGCUUCAUGCUGAGGUGGGUGACUCGGUGCUGAUUGUGUUUAAGAACAAAGCCAGCAGGCCUUAUUCAGUAAGCGCUCAUGGGAUAGAAGAAGUGGGUUGUGAGGAACAAACUGAGGCACCAAUCACCCUCCCAGGGGAAAUAAACACCUACAGAUGGAAUGUCCCAGAGCAAUCAGGCCCUGGGAAAACAGAUCCCAACUGUAUCACUUGGGUUUACUAUUCAACAGCAAAUUUCGUCAAGGACACGUAUAGCGGUCUGAUUGGCCCUCUUGUAGUCUGCAGAAAAGGAGUUCUAGAUGAAAAUGGCCAGAGAAAAGACAUUGAUCGUGAAUUUACUCUUCUGUUUAUGGUGUUCGAUGAAAACAAAUCUUGGUAUUUGAAAGAGAACAUUGAAACAUACCUUCACAAGAGUCCCGAUGAUUUUAAUUCCACUAAGAACUUUGUAGAAGGCAACAGCAAGCACGCCAUCAAUGGGAAGAUUUAUAACAGUCUCCUGGGUCUAACCAUGAAUGAAGGGGAUACAACAAACUGGUAUUUGAUAGGAAUGGGUAAUGAAGUAGAUGUGCAUACAGUCCAUUUCCAUGCACAGACCUUCAUCUUCAAGACAGAUAAAGACCACAGAGGAGAUGUAUAUGACCUUUUCCCUGGGACUUUCCAAACUGUUGAACUUGUAGCGGAAAACCCUGGAACGUGGCUUCUGCACUGCCACGUAGCUGACCACAUACACGCUGGCAUGGAAACAACCUACACCAUCAAUAAAUCAGAGCUGGAAGCCCCUUCAGAAGGAGGACUGACGACCACCACAGCUUAUGGUACAACUACCGCACACAACAGGACCACUGCAAAGGAUGCUGACAGCCAAGGGGACAACAUCUUUGGCAAAAUACUGAAUCCUGGAGGAGCCACCCUGAUGCUUGCAGCCUUCGUUUCCAUUGGACUCAUUCUGCUGUUGACCAUAUUGGCCUUCCUCUCCCUCAUCACUCGCCAAGGAAGCAGGAUCCAAUAUCAGGCUCUCCAUGACAAAAGUGCACUUCUAGCAGAUUCCCUGUAAAUCCCCACUUUCCAUAGAGCCAUGCCGGGUUUCACCAAAUGCUGCUGCUACAACUAGAGCAACACACACUUCAGCAUUCCCAUCCCCACACCACUUGGCCAGCAUUCUCAUGGAGCAGGCAGGAUUGCACCCGUGUGCUCUGUGCAGCACCAUGGGGUGCACACUGCUUUAGCAUCCAGCUCCUGAAGGCACAGGUGUAAGUCUGGAAGUCCUUGAGGCCUUACACCAGAGUCUGCAUCAAUGAAUUCACCAGCAUUUAACCAAUUUUUCCCUUUUUUUUUGUUCUCUUCACCCUGUUAAACGAGGUAGCUGUGCACUGGGGACAGAUUUUUAAAGGCAUUUAAGUAGCCACCAAUAUACUCCAGCACCUGAUGAAGCUCAGCAUCUGCAAUAGGUUUGUUAAUGCCUUUAAAAAUCUAGCCCUGAGCAACCUCAAUGAAGUUAUACUCUGUGAUUGCUGCUUGUUGUGGUCCUGAUUCUGCAACUCUUCUCUGCACUGAGCAGCGCUUCGUUCCCAAGCGUUAAUUGGGCUGCUGAUAUCUGCGCUCUGCAGGGAAGACAGACAGAAUCAGGCCGUGUUUAACACUACUUGAAUGUUUAUAGCUCACGUCUAAGUACGUAGCACUCACUCUUGCCAGCCAGCUGCUCACGUCAGCUACAGCUCUUGCAGAGGAACUCCAGAACAAACACAUCUGUGAAACUGUUGAUCCAAAGCUGAUUUUGAAUGUAAAUCCACUUUGCUAUUCUUUUCUACUUCUUCCCCCCACCCAGUUCUGUAUUUUGGAGUCUGUUAAAUGCAGGGAAUUGUACUCCCCAUCCCUCCCAUUGCAGCUUAGUGAUGUUCUGGGUUGAUGCCCGGGUAUUUGAGACAUAGAUGUUUUCCUGAGUGCAUAUCAGUUAAUUCUUGAAUCCCUGUUUUCUCCAGUUAUUUAAGAGGUAGAACUGCAGGACUGAGCCCAAGCAGGAGUUAUGCUAUAGCAAUAAACACUUCCACACUCAUUUUCUAUAUCCCUCCCUUGAGCUGAUAAGCAAAGAUACCCCACACCCCGUUAUCUUUCUAUUUUGUAAACAUAAGACUGAGGACUCCUGUUCUGUCCAAAAGCACCACACAGAACAUUUGCUCUCUGUCUACAUCCAAACCCAAGUCCUUUCACUUAAACACUCCCAGUUAAUAAAGGAAAUUAUUUGAUACUUUUCCUUUUAGAGUAGCUGAGGGGUCUGACAUUGUAGAAAAAGAAUCAUAAAUAUCUUUUUUUUUCCAUAGUAGCCAGCCAAAAUGAUGACAAGGCUAAUAAAGAUCUGGUUCUUUGUACAAA